UUCAACCAAUGAUGCGGUGCCGUAGUAUCCGUGAGGAUCAUACGUCGAGCGAAAACUCGACUUGACACUGAUCGCAAAUGAUGUGGAGCUUCAAAACUACAAAAUGAUCGUGAACCACGAAUCCGACGACGAGGUGGAUGUCAGCAUCGGCAUCCCUUCGACGAGGAUCCGGCCCUUUUCCUGUCUCGCGUUCCGACAGAAGGCGGCCUACUCGGUCGGCCAUGUACUCAACGACCUUUGUGCCUCGAUGUGGUUUACCUAUUUAUUGUUAUACUUCAAUUAUGUGAAAGAGUUCGGACCGACGCUCGCCGGGGAGCUUCUGCUUGUCGGUCAAGUCGCGGACGGUCUAGCAACACCGUUUGUAGGGCUCGAGUCCGACAAAGAGAGGACGAUAUGGCUGUGCGGGAAAUAUGGCAAACGGAAAGGAUGGCAUCUCGUGGGAACGGUAGCCGUGCUCAUCAGCUUCCCUUUCAUUUUCACGCAGUGCAGCUGGUGCAGCGGAGCUGAUAGCUGGGCCCAGUUUUAUUACUCAAUCUUCAUUGUGAUUUUCCAAUUCGGCUGGGCCUCAACCCAAAUAUCUCACUUGAGCCUCAUCCCUGACUUGACAUGUGUACCGAAUGAGCGAGUCUCGCUGAAUGCUUUCCGAUACGCGUUCACCGUUGCGAGCAACAUGCUAGUAUAUCUCAUCACGUGGGUCGUUCUGAAUGUACACUCUGACGAUAGUAGCUCCUCGGAUCAGAUUGGGCCGGGUGACGCUCACUCAUUCCAGCUGAUAGUGCUCAUCGUGGUUGCGGUCGGGGCAGUCUUCUCUCUUAUAUUCCAUUUGUUCGUUCCUGACCCGACAAGAGAUGGCGUAGAAGAUGAUGCCGCAUUUGAUGCGAGCGGUUUCACAGCCGAUCGAUCGCUGCACCUCAACUGGAAAGAAUGGUUCAUGGAGAGCCAAUUCUAUGUUACAGGCCUCCUGUACAUGGCGACGAGACUAUACGUCAACAUGUCUCAGGUGUUCAUUGGACUAUACUUGCAAAAGACCUUGCAGCUCGCGAAGAGCAGCAUAGCCAUCAUCCCCCUUGUGAUGUACGUCAGCGGCUUCGUGGCAUCAUUCCCAAUAAACUUGCUGGCCAGAAGACUGAAACUACGGAGCAUAUACGCCAUAGGGGCCACCUUCGCGAUCGCAGCUGCCGUCUGGAUUGAGUUCGGUGACGGCGCUCCAACAUUCAAAACAUAUGAGAUAUAUGCGGUUUCUGGAAUGAUUGGAAUUGCCAGCACAAUUUUACUCAUCACUAGUCUAGCGAUCACGAACGAGCUCAUUGGGGCGUCCACGGCUUCCGGCGCCUUCGUUUUCGGGGCGAUGAGUUUCCUCGACAAGUUAUCCAAUGGCGUAAUUGUCAUCGUGAUCGAGAGUCUGCAUGAGUGCAAUAAUUGCCUGACAGUACCGGUCAGAUUCUUCUACCACUAUGUGAUGGUUUACGCGUGCGGCGGAGCUGCUGUUUUGGGAUUCAUCGCUUUAUUGAUUCUGGUCAACACCAAGCAAUCCCAUCGUCGCAAAGAUCUGAUGAAUCGCACGCCGUUGAAUAGAUCGUACGCAAAUGUUAAUGAUUGCCUCAAUGAAGACAAUGCCACGGAGAGAACGCCGCUCAUUGGAGCGAGCUAAUCAAGUUUUCGGAGAUGUCUUUUUCCUCAUACAUCUUACAGAUUAUUUUAGCGUGAUAUUUAUUGUGAAUAGCGUUUGACAAUCGACUUCGAGCUCAUAAUGCAUUCUUCAUGGUUCUCCGGGAGCAGAGUGUUUUUACGAACGACGUGUUGAAUUAUUUGUACAGUUGUUUCCGUCCUCCUAGACACCCCAUUAUUAGGAUGCGACAUUUUCAGACAUUGAAACUCGAGAAAACUCGUGCUGUAUAGCUUUUACUCGAAGUAACG